AGCGAGAAGGCCAAAGCAAGUGCAAACGCGAACACAAACUUCUCCCAACUAGGACGAACUGGGUACGCGGGAUUGGAUGCUAAAGCUGAUACUAUAUGGUCUAUACUUGAAGCAAAGUAUUCGUAUCUUAAAAACAUACAAGAUAAACGCGCAAAAGCGUGGAUAAUGAGUCAAAAAAUAAAAAACCCAGAAACUAACUCGUAUGAACUGGCACCAGAAUCGCUUGAAAAAAUCAAACGUUUGGUCCGUACCGAGAGAGAGAGAUGAUAGUAGAUGGUAGUUAUUUUGCCGAAAAGAUAUGGCCUAUACUUGAAGCAAAGUAUUCAUAUCUUAAAAACAUACAAGAUAAACGCGCAAAAGCGUGGAUAAUGAGUCAAAAAAUAAAAAACCCAGAAACUAACUCGUAUGAACUUGCACCAGAAUCGCUUGAAAAAAUCAAACGUUUGGUCCGUACCGAGAGAGAGAUGAUAGUAGAUGGUAGUUAUUUUGCCGGAAAGGAUGACCCAAUUAUUAGAGUUAUGGGAGUGAACAUGGCGGAAGAACACGGGCAGUCUCCGAGGUUAUAGGUUCAACAAAUGUUUAUGGAGGAUUAUUCAACAAUGGUAAAAAGCGAGCAAGAAAUGGCGAUAGUUUGGAUGUAAACUAGGAGAGAGGCUCGGUAUCAUGGGUGGACAACAUCUCGAGCCUGGGUUUUUGUGGCGCUAGUGCGUUUGGUGGACCAACUAUGUCUUAUCCACCUAUCAAGAAAUUGACCCCAUGUGAAUUGCUUUUUCCAUUUCAACUUAGUGAUGAAUUGACGGUGGCUAUAGGGCAGAUAUGGCCAACUUCUGAUAGGUUCCUUCAUGGAAAACUAAUAGACGAUGGUUUUGUUAAAGUUCAAGUAGAUAAUGUCAUUGAAGGUUGCGAGAAAAUGCCUAUUCUUGAAGUUACAAAAACUGAUGAUAUUAAACGUGUUGGAGAUAUGCUGCACAGUUUUGUUCAGUGGCCUUGGGAUGCACUAAAGAUUGUGAACAAAGACAAAUCCAACAGAUUAGUGAGUGCCCCAAGAAUGGACCUGAGUCUCGGUUCAUCGAGUCACACAGGUGUCUUGCCUCAAACACAAACUGGUGACGUCGCAGCAACUUCAUGUUAUCACCCAGGGCCAGAGAUUGAGGAAGAUGAUCCGAAUGAACUACAAAUUCCUAGUCAACAAAACAUUGAUCAGAUGAGUUUUAUGAAUAUGUUAAUGCAAGUGCAAGAACUACCCGAAAAACAAAUGCCAAACACUCAUGCUCCUAAUUCAGAUCCAGAAUUUAUCGAUCCUGAAGUAACUACUGCUUUGGAAAGAACAAAGACUAGGCCUCGUGCAAUUCAAGAUAUGGUUGAACUAUUAUCAAGGUGCGUUGGGGAUAACCAUAGCAUUCUGAUUUCUUCACCGGCCAGGAUGUAUCCCCAAACGGUUCAGGAUAGUAUUCCAUAUGUGGAGCUGUUACAACUAUUUUCUAAUGACUGGCUUGACAUCAGUGUGAUACAUUGGUUUGCAAUGUAUUUUUAUGAGACACACAAUUCUCAAUGUGCUUUCUUUAAUCCACACCACAUCAAAGGUGACUCAUGCACGAAAAAUUCUAAAGGCGUUCAAGAACAUAUCAUAGAUAUGUUUAUGUUACAUACUGACAAAACAUUUUUUCUUGCACCAUAUUUAGCCAAUGACCAUUGGACACUAAUUGUCAUUUGUCCUUCAACAGAGAGAGGCUAUAUUAUUGACUCUAUAAGUAGAGAAAAAGAACCAGCAUAGUUACCUUCUUACGUCUGUCAUUGAUGAAGCUUUUGGGUUUCCAUUUCUUUGG